GUAGAAAGGACCUAUUUCACAUAAGUAGAAAAGCUAAGGAGGUAAAAAUGUAAUGACAUGAAAUAAAAACGAACGUCAAAAUCGAACCUUAAAAGAGUAUCAUUGACGAAAGACGAGCGUGAAAAAAAACUUGGAAAAUCUACGAAAAUUAAGCUGUGGAAUCAAUCAGUUUAUGAACUCCGUGAGAAGGGUUUUAGAUGGGAAGCAGGGGAAGAAAUGAUGUGAAGUACAGAAACCCGUGUCUGACGAUGCAUCAGCCAUGGGCUUCUUUGCUUGUUUAUGGUAUUAAGCGUGUUGAAGGAAGAUCUUGGCCUGCCCCGAUACGAGGACGUCUCUGGAUCCAUGCUGCAAGUAAAGUUCCAGAACAGGAGACAAUUAAAGCAAUGGAAGACUUCUACAGAGAAAUAUAUGCUGUUGAUGGAAUCACAGAUAUCAAAUUUCCAGAGCAUUAUCCAACGUCCAGAUUGUUAGGAUGUGUGGAGGUGGUUGGAUGUGUCACCCGUGAAGAGCUGACAUCCUGGGAGGAGGUUCCUGAAGGGGUAAGACUAGAAGGACAAACGGACUUUUGUUGGCUUUGUGAGCAACCGCAGAAACUUAUAGUUCCUUUUGAGAUGAGAGGUUUCCAAGGAGUUUAUAACCUUGAACGCAAGAUAUACGAGUCUGCGGCGAGAGGUCUUAUGCUAGUUACACCUCCUUAUCCAGUGAAGUGUCCCCUUCCAAAUCCACGAGAUGCUUUCUCCUUGAAACCCCGUUCGCUUGCUUCUUCAUUAAACAUCUCCGGUUCUUCAAAGUCGGAAAAAUCUGAAAGUCUUACUGCAGCGAUUGCCGGCGCCCGUGCAGCAGCUACACAAUUCUCAAAGAAUCAUGAUGUCAUCCAGUUCAAUGAAGUAAAGGGAGGAGAUGAACCCAUUUCUUCAAGAACUAGGAGGAGUGCUACAUGAGCAGAAGGUAUAACUUGGAAGCUGCAUUGUACAGAUUAGAGCAGCAAGUAAUACUUGCCAAGUACCAAGUAGCGUUUGCCCCAAAAGAAUUAGUUAUACUUGUUCCUUACGGUUGAAUUUCUCUAUUGUUCGAUACUCUUGAAAACAAAUUCUUGAAAUUGUAAGUUAGAAUUGCCUGGCAAACUCAUUUGGUGGACACACUAAAAGAAUAUUAGCCAAGUUUCCGUAAAACUGCAUUCCCUUGGGGGCAAGAACUCAAUUCGUGACUAAUUUUUCAUUUCUUAAAUCGUCCAUAAUUAUUAAACGUUCCUUUUGUCACCA